AUGAGGGUUACAAUACACGCGAAAUCAGACUCGGAGGUUACGAGCAUCGACGCACUGUACUAUGUUCAGAGUCCAUCGCACUCUCAACAGCAUGAUGUUGAGAAGAUGUCAUAUGGGUCUAGUCCAUUCGGGUCACCAACUCAUCACUACCACUGCUCUCCCAUUCACCAUUCCCGGGAGUCCUCUACUUCUAUGUUCUCUGCUUCUUUGAAGAACAAUCAAUUGGCUGUCUGGAAGAGAAUACCCAGAACCAGAAAUUACGAUGAUAAUGAAACGGGGGAUGAUGAAGAAGACGCCGACUAUGAUAAUGGCAAAUCUGUCAGAUUCUAUGUGCUCUGUUUUCUCUUCUCUUUCAUUGUGUUGUUCACCAUCUUCUCUCUUAUCCUUUGGGCUGCUAGUCUACCUUUCAAACCCAAAAUCUUUGUUAAGGGUAUGGUUUUUGAAAAUUUGAAUGUGCAAGCAGGGAUAGAUGGGACGGGGGUACAAACGGAUAUGUUGACUCUAAAUUCAACGGUGAGGAUCUAUUAUCGGAACCCAGCGAGUUUUUUCGGGGUGCAUGUAACAGCUACACCACUUGAACUUCAUUAUUACAAGCUCAAGCUCGCCUCUGGUCAAAUGAAGAAGUUCUAUGAGGCAAGGAAGAGUAAGCGGAUUGUGGUGGCUGUUGUUGAAGGCCAUCAAAUUCCAUUGUAUGGUGCAAUAUCAGUUCUUAGUGAUGCUAAAAACAGGAUUCAGAGUGUCUCUCUACCGCUCAACUUAACAUUCCUAAUAAGAUCAAAGGCCUAUAUAUUGGGAAGGCUGGUCAACCCCAACUUCUCUAUUCAUAUCUCUUGUCAACUAACUCUUAAAGGCAAUCACCUAGGCAAACACAUCAAUUUCACCAACUCUCAUUCUUGUACUUAUUCAUGAAUUGAUUUACUUCUUUUUUCUAUCUUUCUCCACUAAUUUAAAUUUCUUUUAAUUGUUGCUU